AUGCCAGUUCUAAAGGGAAUUUCCAGUGUGAUCACUCCUGAGCUUUUGAAGGUUCUUGCUGAGAUGGGUCACGGAGAUCAGAUUGUAAUUGCGGACGCGAAUUUUCCCGCGGCUUCGAUUGCUUCGCAUUGCCCUGGCGGCUUGAUUCGCUUGGAUGGUCAUCCGAUUCCUCGCAUUCUUCGUGGCAUCUGCAAGCUGCUUCCUCUGGAUCAAUAUGUGGAGUGUCCCGCGAAGGUGAUGGAGAAGAUGGAGUGUGACAAGGACAUGGAGCUCCCCAUUAUUGAGGAGUACAAGAAGAUCCUGGCUGAAGCGGAAGGGAAAGAGGUAAUUUGA